AUGGACCCAGCAAGGAUGGGGCAUGCCCUUGAACCAGGAAGGAUCACAUUUGAUGAGAAGAUGGAGAUAAGAAGGGCGAUAGAAGAAGGAAACAUUCCCCACACCUACAUUUCUGCUAACUGCUUUGCUGCUUACUUUGUUCCUAACCUAUGUCAAAUGCGUACCCUUCUUCCACCCAAGGAGAAAGUUCACGUCUAUGGAGAUGGCAACGUCAAAGCGAUAUUCGUGGACGAAGAUGACAUUGCAGCAUAUACAAUCAAGUGUGUUGAUGAUCCACGGGCCUUGAACAAGACAAUAUACCUACGGCCACAGGAAAACAUCCUUAGUCAAAAUGAGUUGAUUGCUAAAUGGGAAAAGCUCUCAGGAAAGGUUCUUAAGAAAAUUCCCAUUCCGAGUGUUGAAUUCUUGGCAUCAAUGAAAGGUACAGACCUUGCUAAUCAGGUGGGGAUAGGGCAUUACUAUCACAUUUUUUAUGAGGGUUGCUUGACAAACUUUGACAUCAGAGAUGAUGGGGAAGAAGAGGCUUCUCUACUCUACCCAGAGGUUCAGUACACCAGGAUGGACGAGUACAUGCAACGCUAUUUAUAA